GUUCGUGGUACUACGUGAUUCCUAUUGCCUGGAUCUCAAUAUACUUGGCCAACUCCUUCAAAUCUCCGUUGCCUUGGACACUGUGUGGACAAGAUUGGAACACCCCACUGUGUGUUCCACAGGGAAGUCGUGUCACCAGAAACGAAUCUGUCAACAUUUCUUUUAACGCAAGUGAUCAGGGUGAUAAGCAGGACUUACAGGCCAUCAAUAUCACUGCUAGUCACAUGAUUGGUAUCAGACCAGCAAGUGAAGAAUUUUGGAUGUGAGUUCUAUUGUUUUGCCUGUAUCUCAAAUAAUUUUACACGUGACGUGAUUUAAUGCUGCCACAUUUAUUUAAAAUAAUAAUAAUAAUUAUAAUACGAAAUCAACUAACACAGCGGUUCUCAACCUGUGGGUCGCGACCCCUUUGGGGGGUCGAACGACCCUUUCACAGGGGUUACCUAAGACCAUCGAAAAACACAUAUUGUCUACAGUUAUGAAGUAGCAACGAAAAUAAUUUUGUUGUUAGGGGUCGCCAUAACAUGAGGAACUGUAUUAAAGGGUCGUGGCAUUAGAAAGGUUGAGAACCACUGAAAUAACAGUUAUAUUGACAUUGUAUCCAUCCAUCCUUGUGUCGCUACAGCCAGUGUGCCAUACCUUGGGAAUUUUCCCAAGAUCUUGGGAAAUCACUACCCCAUUCAGGACCAAAACUCACUUUUUUUAUUUAAAAAAAAACCCAUAUAUUUUCAUGAUCUUCGGAAAUCUUGGGAAUUAUUUUGACAAAAUCUUGGGAAUUUUUAAAAUAAUUGAGUGAAAGCCCUAGCUACAGCCCAUGUAGGUUCUUUGGCCUGCCUCACCACUUCCUUCCACUCAGACCUAACUAAUCAUAAUAAUGCUUUGCUUUUCCAUGCUUGGAUUCCCAGCUUCUGAAGAUCUUUUCCCACAUCAUCCAUCCAUCUAGGCCUAGGUCUGCCUUUGAGCCGUUUUACUCUGGGGUUUUGGUGGUACACCCUCUUCGCUCCUCUGUCCUUUGGCAUUCUCUCUAAGUAUCACGUCCAGCGUAGCCUACCCAUUUUUUUUUUAAUUUCUGCUACUAGCGUGGCCUCCCCUAUCCGCCACAUGGGGAGGCUCUCAAUUGAAGAUCAGUAUCUCCGCAGCCUGCAGGAGAACUAACUGUUAUAUACCUUACUUAAUUCAGGGGUCUAUGCUCUAUUUUGUUAUUAAUUUAAUCAUAGAUUCUCGUGGAAUUAUUUGUAAAAUUAAUUUUUUUUUUUUUUUUUUUUUUUUUUUUUUUUUUAUAAAGAUUAAAUAUUUUUUUUUUUUUUUUUUUUUUUGUUAUUUAAUACAGCGUAACACUUUGCUGUAGUUAUUAUUUUUUUAAAUACAAAAGUAUAUUGUUGAACAGCAUCUAAUUUUUAUUACUAUCUUUUACAAUAUUAUUAUUUUUUUUUUUAAAUUCAGAAAUAAUGUCCUUCAACUCUCUUCUGGACUUGAGGAUAUGGAUGGUCUCCCUUGGCACACCACUUUGGCCCUAUUAAUAUCUUGUCUGCUGGUGUUCAUAUGCCUCAGCAGGGGAGUCAAAUCUGUAGGAAAGGUAAUACUUGAUUAUCUUUGAGUGAGGUUCAUUAAUCAAUAUCAGGAAGGAACACUCAAUUUUUCUCAAAAUGACAAUUUUGUGUUACGCAAGUGCCCCACCCCUUUUUUUUACUCACACACACACACUUUGAAUUUCCUCAACAAUUAUUAAAUACGUAAAUAGAAUUUGAAUAUAGCUGAGUUUUAAUUUAAAUAGCUGACUUUUACUUUUUGUUGUAUAUGGAGAUUUGGGACCCUAAAGAGUCUCUCUGAAACAUUUUGAAACUCAAAUCUUAUAAUGCCACAAAGGAUUGUAUUUGAUCAGUGAUUUUUAAUUUUUAUCCAAGCGUGUGAAGAAUCCUACAUGUCCUCAGACUCAUAUUAGGUGCAGCUACCCUUAAAAUCAGAGCCCUAGCAGCUACCCUUAAAAUCAGAGCCCUAGCUGCUACCCUUAAAAUCAGAGCCCUAGCAGCUACCAUUAAUAUCAGAGCCCCAGAACCUACCGUUGAUAUCCGAGUCCUAGAAUAUCAUUAAUAUUAUAGCCCUAGCAGAUACCAUUAACAUCUUAUAGGGCUCUGACAUUAAUGGUAGCUUCUAGGGCUCUGAUAUCAAUGGUAAGUGGUACAGCUCUGUUAAUAUCUGCUUCAUUUAAAAUAAUAUUUUCAAGAAGCCCUAGCAGAUACCAUUAACAUCUUAUAGGGCUCUGACAUUAAUGGUAGCUUCUAGGGCUCUGAUAUCAAUGGUAAGUGGUACAGCUCUGUUAAUAUCUGCUUCAUUUAAAAUAAUAUUUUCAAGAACUUUUUUCCAUCUUUAAAAGCAGUGGGUGAAAAUAAUAAUACUUUCUAUAAAUCAAGGUUGUCUACAUCACAGCCACUUUGCCAUACAUUCUAAUCACAGUCCUCAUCAUAAAAGGUGCCACUUUACCUGGGGCAGUAGAUGGUGUUUUAUUCUACAUUAGCCCAGACUUCAGGUACCUGGUACUGGUAAUUAUAACUGCAGUCUUUCAUUACGAGUACCGGUACGGUACUAAAGAGUACCGACACAGGUAGUUAAUGUACACAGGAGGUUAUAACAGGAGGAAGAAUGAUGUGAUAUCACUUCUUGGAGAUAGGGAGACAAGUGUAUUAAAUACAGCCAUAAAAACAUUGAUAAUUUACUAAUGAUAAUUGGUAUGUUCUAUGGAGACAUUCUGCUAACUAAAAUAUUGUAUUGAAAUUAUAAAAAGUGUUAAGUUAAAAAAAUGUGCAAUCUUGACUUGUCCAGUAAAUUGAUGCAAGUGCAGACGUGGCUGGAAGCAAGUCUACAAGUCAUCUACUCACUGGGACCAAUCUGGGGCGGGCUGGUAACAAUGGCCAGCUACAACAAAUUUAAUAACAAUUGUAUGAGGUAGGGUAUACUUGUUUCUUGCAUCAACUUUUACUACAGGUAUCAGUAGUUAAAUAUUUUUUUUUAAAUUUAAAAUACAAGCUGGUAACAAUGGCCAGCUACAACAAAUUUAAUAACAAUUGUAUGAGGUAGGGUAUACUUGUUUCUUGCAUCAACUUUUACUACAGGUAUCAGUAGUUAAAUAUUUUUUUUUAAAUUUAAAAUACAUCGUAACAAAUUUAAAACAUUCCUUUUUUAUUUUCCAGAGAUUCUAUAAUGUUGACAUUCUUGAGUCUGGGCACUAGUGUGUUUGCUGGAUUUGCUAUCUUCACAGUACUUGGUCAUAUGGCUUAUAAUCUCGAUGUUCCAGUUGCCAAUUUCUCAGAAACAGGUAUUUCAAAAACACAUUGAUUAAUAAGAGGUUUUUGUUUGAAAAAGAAAUAAUUUAAUAAUUUAGACCUCAAAAAAACAAACAUUUUUUAUAACUGUCAUAUUUUUGCCAAACGAAAAAUUAACGGUAUAACAAUAAUAGACAAUCAAAGUGAUUUUUUUAUGUCGUUAAAACUGUGUUUUUUUCUAUUAUCAGGGGCAGGAUUAGCCUUUGUUGUCUACCCUGAAGCCAUUGCUUUUCUCCCAGUACCACAAUUGUGGGGUGUGUUGUUUUUCCUCAUGUUGUUUGCUGUUGCCUUAGAUUCACAGGUAACUUAUUUGAAGUAACUUACCGGUAAUGUUACUUUCCUGUUUCUGAUAAAAUUAUAAGUAUAAAUAAAUAUAUGAAUGACAUAAAUACCGGUACAUAAAACAAACAAUAAUAAAAUAAAGUUUAAUUUUUUUUUAAUGAGAUUUUUUCAAAUAAUUUAAAUUGAAAAAAGACUUUGUCAGUCAAUCUUUUGUAAACUCUAUAAGUCAAUGUACAAGAUCUCAAUACACAUAUUAAAAAUGUAGCGCUAAAAAGCUAGAUGUUAAAAUUUAUAAAAGUGCUUUGAGGUGCUUUAUUUUUUUUCUUAUUUAUGAAUCUGCUAUUUUAGAAUUCAGGAAUUGUAAAAAUAAAAUGUUCACUUUUUUUGCCAGUUUGUUUAUGUAGAAAUAGUUUUGACCAGCAUCUAUGAUAUUUGGCCAAAAUUCGUCACUAAAUACAACAUAGCAGUGAAAUUGGGAUAUUGUUCAUUACAAUUCAUUACUGGACUACCAUUUGCUGCCAGAGUAAGUAAAUGUACAGAAAACACCUUUGAAUUUAAUGAAAGUUAAACUAGCCCCCAGAUAGACUUAAAAUUGUUCACUUAUUUUUUUCUGUUUAGAUCAGGGAUCUGCAAAAAAAUUUUAGCUAUUACCCCAAAAUAGAUACUGCCGAUAACCCUGAUUUGAAAGGAUGAAAAUCAUAGACUUUUUAUUUUCAAAAUGGUAUACUGAAUCUAUUUAUUUUGAGAAUACAAUAAUAAAUAUAGAAGUGCUAAAUUAAUUUGAUAAAAAUAAAUUUAUAAAAUACUUAUAAUGGAACAGAAGGAUACCUUUGGAAAAAAAAGUAACUUCAAAUUUUGUAGAAAUGAUGUUUCAUUUUUAUAAAAUGACAUCAAAUUUUUUUCUUUUUUUAAAUCAGAGAAAAUUUGGAUAUUUUUUGGGGGAUCAACUAAUUGAUUUCUAUUCUUUUUUUAUGUUCAUUUGAGUGAAAUAUUGGCAAAGGUUGGUGCAAAAGGUGGAAAAAAUUUGACUGCCUCCUCUUGAGAAUCAUUGAAAACCAUUGAAUCUCUUGAUGUUUUGAGGAUAUUCAGGAGCAUCACUAGGAGUGUGGGGUGUGGACCAUAUCAGGGACAUCCUACAAUGGGGUUGACAACUUGAAAGGGGAAUGACACCAUUUGAAAAUUAAAAUUUGACAGAGCUUAUUCAAAUUAGUUUUAUAACACAACUAAGUUUAAUUCAAGAGCUGAAUGCCACCUGUUACUAGAGCAGGCUGUCUUGGAGGACAUCCAUGGGCGAUUCAGGCACCUGUCACUAGAGCAGGCUGUCUUGGAGGAGAUCCAUGAGCGAUUCAGGAUGGGGUGACACCAUGCCAUGAAAAAAACUGCACUGAGUGGAACCAAUUCUUGUGAUGCCUCUGAGCAUAAGAUAAAAUAGUUGACUAGACAAAAAUUACAUGAACAAGACGACACGUGAGGGCUAGCUGUCGAGCCAAGAGUAACAAGUUAAUGAGUGUGUUUGGCUAUUGCAUCUGCCAGAUGCAGUAUUGCCAACAAAAUAAAUGUCAUUAAAAAAACAUGCUUCAAAUAAAAUUGUAUUUAUGUCUAUUGAGCCCUCAUAACCCCUAAGAUUUCCAUUUUACCCCAUCUAGGGUAAUUUACCACAAAUUGCCAUCCUCUGGUUUGGAUGCUGAUGAGUUUUUCUAUAUAUUAAAAUAGUGUGGUGCAGGCCUGCAUAACAUAUGGCCCGCAAACCGCCAUGCGGCCCACCAGCAACCAUUUUGCGGCCCGUGAAGCAACAAAUAAUGUUUAUUCUUAUAAUUUUCGUUAUAGCUUUCCCCCCUGUCCAAUUUUCUUUUUGCCCGCAAAAGUUGUUCAUAAAGUAUUACAGCCCGCCCUACAUUUUGAGUUGUGCAGGUCUGGUGUAGUUUGACAAGUCAUACCAGCAGUGUGUCUUCAGACAGAAUAUUGUUAGAAUGUUACCAUCUCUUUUAAUAAGUCAUACCACUUGACUGUUGACAGGGAGGAAUGUACUUGUUCCAACUGGUUGACUGGUACAUAGCUGCUUUUGCUGCUGUAGCGAUUGGACUGCUUGAGUGCAUAAUUGUUGCCUGGAUCUAUGGUUAGUGAUAUGUACAAAUUUUUUUCAGGGUAUAUAGUAAGUUAAACUACAGCAUUUAUUGCAUCUCAACUUCUCUCUGGACGGCGCACAGAGCUCGAAAACAAAUUAGAAUCCCUAAGCUUACAAAAAAAACAUAGUUAAUUACCUUGUUUUUUUCUGUGCUCCAUAUCAACAUUAAUUUGUAACACUGAGGGCUCCAUAUCAACAUUAAUUUGUAACAUUGAGGGCUCCAUAUCAACAUUAAUUUGUAACACUGAGGGCUCAAUAUCAACAUUAAUUUGUAACAAUGAGGGCUCCAUAUCAACAUUCAUUUGUAACACUGAGGGCUCCAUAUCAACACUAAUUUGUAACACUGAGGGCUCCAUAUCAACAUUAAUUUGUAACAUUAAGGGCUCCAUAUCAACAUUAAUUUGUAACACUGAGGGCUCCAUAUCAACAUUAAUUUGUAACAUUGAGGGCUCCAUAUCAACAUUAAUUUGUAACACUGAGGGCUCCAUAUCAACAUUAAUUUGUAACAUUGAGGGCUCCAUAUCAACAUUAAUUUGUAACACUGAGGGCUUCAUAUCAACAUUAAUUUGUAACACUGAGGGCUCCAUAUCAAAUUAAUUUGUAACAUUGAGGGCUCCAUAUCAACAUUAAUUUGUAACAUUGAGGGCUCCAUAUCAACAUUAAUUUGUAACAUUGAGGGCUACAUAUCAACAUUAAUUUGUAACACUGAGGGCUCCAUAUCAACAUUAAUUUGUAACACUGAGGGCUCCAUAUCAACACUAAUUUGUAACAUUGAGGCAUAUUAAAAAACAUAAUUGAUAUUUAUUUGUGCUAACCUAUCUAGGAGCAGAUAACUUUAUUGAUGAUGUGACGAGAAUGAUGGGGUAUAGGCCUCCUUACAUGUUUAAUAUUUUAUGGAGAUUUAUUACACCAGCUCUGCUCAUAGUAAGUUAUACAGUUAUUGUUUCAGAAAAAAAAAAAACUUUUAAUCAAUAAAUCCAUGUUGAAAUAGUAACAUCAUAUUUUUAUUUUCUAUCGGUUUUAAUUAUAUUACUGUACUUGUAAGGUUAAGCAAACUUGAACGUGAAAAUAUAUUUUAGCUGGUUUUUUUUAAAAUGUUUGUACCGGUAUUGAAAGAAUUAUGACUUGUGUCGAUGCCAGGUUGUGCUGGUAACAUCACUGAUGAGUUACGAAGCCCCUACUUUUGAAGGUUACAAGUUCACUUCAGCUGGGAUAGCAUUCGGAUGGUUCAUUGCAGUCGUUUGGUUCCUUCCCAUUCCUCUUGUAGCCAUUGCUCAGAUACUGAGGACCAAAGGGAGCUUUCUUGAGGUUAGAAUAUAUUUCACAGGUUUUUUGGUAGACCCCCAAUUAAUAUCAAACUUUCUUUUUAAGUGUAUUUUCUUUGGUUGUAGGUAAUCUACAAACUUUGAUGGCUGGUGUAAAGAGCAUUUUCAUUUUAAGAAAAAUUACUAGUCGAAAUGUACUUUGAAUAAAAAUCUAGCAUGAUAUGUGUAUCUUGUUGCGUUUCCAUGCUUUAAAUUAAUUAUUUGUUAAAAAUAAUUGUUAAAAUUUAAUUUAAAAAGCAAACUGUGAUUAUGAAAGAUUAAUUAGUCAAUCUUGGAGAAUGGCAAAUGUCUUAAAAUUCAACUGAUUAAUUUAGAGGUGUUACAGUAUCUCAAAUUAAUUCAAAUUUAAAAAAUGACAAUAUAAUAUGUUGAGGUUUGAACAAAAAAUUAUUUGAAUGAAUAUGUAUUUUCUUUAUAUCUAAAGAAAUAUUUUAUUAAUAUAUUAAUAAAAGAUGUGUUAAAAAUUCAGUUUGUUUAUUUCUUUAAAAAAUUCAUGAUAUAAAUAAAAAUAAAAUGCUGAUAUUUCACAGAGAUUAAAAGCCACUUGCAAGCCAUCACAAGAAUGGCAACCAGGUGAUGUGACUUUGAGACAACAGUACAGAUCAGACCCAAGUCAAUCAGAAUUAUGCACUUUUAGAACCACAUGUUGCAGGUCCACAUAGAACUAAUUGCUUAAGAACACCCCCCCCCCUUCUUUUUUUGUUGUUGCUAGGACCAUCUAAACAAACAGUUCUUGAACCACUUGUUGCAGGUCCACCUUAGAAACAGUUCUAGAACCACUUGUUGAAAGGUUAAAGCUAAUAGUUUUAGAACCAUUUAUUGAAUUGUCCAUCUAAAACUGAUAGUUUUAGAACUACUUGCACCUCCACCAAGAAAAAAUAGCUCCAUGUGCCACUAUAACUGCAGUUAAACUUAAAAUUAUAAUUUAAAAUUAUAAAAUUGCAGGUCCAGCUAAAACACAUUUCUGAAAUCAACUUGAAACAAGUCCACCUUAACUAUUCGUUUUAGCUCAGUCUAUAUUUUAGAACCAUUAGCUUAAAAAUAUGCUAAAUGCAUAUAGGUAAAUUCAUUGUUACUGUCCGACUGCAUCUUUAGAAUUAUUAGUCCGGGUAUAAUUUCUUUAAAAUCCAAUGCAAAGUCAUCUUACUUUAACCAUAGGAUCAUUAAUAUCAAUUUUUGCAUCAUUUUGAAUGAAUCUACAUGUGUUUGUAGGAUAGAUUCAUCCCUAUGCUCUCUAAUAAACUUCACAUGAUCUUGGGGAGCCAUACUAAAUUUAUAACCUCCAUUAAUUGCUUACAAAAGUUAAACAUUCAGCUUUGUAUUUUCAUUUUAGGUGUGGGUUAAAAGUGUAUGUUUUGGUCCUAUUUCUGGGUUAAAUGAAGUCAUUGUGCAUGUAUUUCCAUAGUUACCUACCAAGAGAUUAAAAUUAUUUCAUUGCAUUCACAUACAAUAAGAAUUUAGUGACAACGCUGUGAGACUUUGUUUUAAGGACUGCCUUCAAGCUGUGUGAAUGAAAUAGUAGAACAAUGUAUCUGGACCUUAUUUUUCAGAGUACCAAUAUAUAUAUAUUCUUUCCCUUCCUGUAAUUUUUGGUUUUGAAAAAAUCCUUCUUCUGGCAACAACAGAGGAUAUCUAUAAAAGUUUUAUUACUUUGCUCUGUUUCUUGUCAUAUUUUUGUAUGUCCUGUUCCCUGAAGAUGGCUCUCAGCCAAAAUGUUCACACCUUAUUGUUCUAUCUUUUAAUUCAAGCUUUUACAUAACUUGUUAUACUAUUUGAUUGUUAAUAACAAAUUUAUUGGAAAGCAUCGCUAUCAUUGAAAAGUGGCUUGUAUUGUAAACCUGUUUUCUCACAAAAUAAUCUCAAUGAUAGCGUUCCAUUUUCUUUGUCUUCCAGUUAAUCAAAAUGAAGUGUCUGUAAUUUAAAUGUAACACCUAGGUUAUUAUUUUUUAGAAUAUGGUAGCUUAAAAAUUGCAUAAUUCAUUAAAAAAAUCAACUCAG